CACGUCACUCCUUGCACGUCUCCACCUCUUCCUUCAUAUUUUCCCUCUCCCAAGCACGCACCGCCCCACUUCCCACCACGCGCGCCGCGCAUCUCCCGUCCUCCACCUGCACGUCAAUGGCGCCCACACCGCUGAGCACCACAUGGAUUCACCGCCGCCGUCCGUUCCUCCGACCCCUAGUCCUUGUGCUCGCAGGGAUCCAGCCCGCGUCGUCCCAGUCCAUCUUCCCCCCGCCGACGGACGGUGCCACCUUCAUUGACGCGUUAACGCCACCACCUCCACCGCCAGCAGCUGCCGGUGGACUUGGCAGCGGCACGUUUAACGUGGCCACUUCGAUCCUCUUCGUAGGUGUCAUCGUCGCGCUCUUCUUGGUCGGCUUCUUCUCCGCGUACCUCCGCCGCUGCGCCGACGCCGCCACUGGCGGGCAGCGCGGCAGGGGAGGCGCCGCAAACGCCAACGCGGCUGUCGCGGCUGCUGCGGCGGCCGCAUUCUCGUCGGGGGUGAACCGCAGCAGGAGGAACCCUGGACUGGGCGUCGCCGCGAUGGAGGCGCUGCCGGUGCUGACGUACGCGAGGGCAAGGGCUGUCAAGGCCGGGCGCGGGGCUCUCGAGUGCGCGGUGUGCCUGGCCGAGUUCGCCGAAGACGGCGAGAAGCUCCGGCUCCUUCCCGGGUGCUGCCACGUCUUCCACGCCGCGUGCAUCGACGUGUGGCUCGCGGCGCACGUCACCUGCCCCGUAUGCCGAGCCGACCUGGCGGACCCGGCAGUCGCCGCCGCCGGCCACGUCCUUGCCGCUGACCUAGCUGCUCAGGAAGAAACGUCCGAUCACACGGUGGUCAACGUCGAGCCGUCGCAGACGAUGGCAGAAGAAGAUACCACAUCUGAUCAGCACCAAGAAACGGCGGAGGAGCGGGUGGAUCGGUUCACGCUUCGGCUGCCGGAGAGGCUGAGGAGGGAGAUCGAGGAGGCGAAGCGGCUCCGCAGAGCGAUGAGCGCGGUGACCGCCGCGACAGCGGCAAGCGCGUCAAGCGGGCGGUGGGUGCCUUCGGCAUUACGGACAAUGUCGGCAGCCCGUUCUAGCCGGCGAUGGUCGGCAUUGUUCCGGGCAAUGUCGGGGCCGCGCCGAAGUGAGGUGGGCGGCAGUGAUCGGAGGGUGGCGCCGCUGCAGUCCAACGCCGCCGGAGAUAACGUGGAGUUGGUGGUGGUACAGGACGACGCGGGGCAAACAGACAAGUACUACGCGCACAGCCUCACGUUCGCCGGGUUCGUCAUCGACGGCGACGUCGCGGCCGGUGACUGGAACCCGGAGGUUUUUCAGGUGUCUUCCACUAUCCCAGCAGCGGCGGCGUCCCAGCGAUGAAGCCAAGUCCUUUCGUAGCAUCAGUAGUGUAGCGGAGAUUCAAAUGUUGUUUUGUCGAACUUGGCAAGAACUGUACAGUUUAGAGGUAGUUUCUUCGAUUCGGAGUUGAUCGCUGGUUCUCUGUACAUAUUGAUAUCUUUUCUUCAAAGAACUAUGAAAGA